GUGUGUGUUGCAUAUGGAAAGCUUUGACAAAAAAUGGUAAGCAUCAAAGCUUCUUACACAGUGGUUCCAAAUGAAGCAACUCCAGAGGGUAUUGAAUGGCUCUCUGAUAUUGAUCAAGUGGCGCGUCUGUGCCAUACACAGACCAUCUAUGUUUUCCAUGCAAAGCACAACCUUGACGCAUUAGUCCAACAGAUGAGAAACUCUCUUAGCAAGAUUUUGUGCAUUUACUAUCCAUUGGCUGGUAGAUUGAGAAGAUUAGAAGAAGGUGGCAGAUGGGAAGUGGAUUGUAAUGCAAAAGGAGCCAUGUUGUUUGAAGCAGAAUCCACAAAAACAGUGAACUAUUAUGGUGACUUUUUGGGUGACUCCGCCAAUGACUUGGUUCCAAAAGUCAAUUACACAAACACUUUAAUUCAGGAUAUUCCUUUGUUACUAGUGCAAGUAACAAGCUUCCUUGGCAAUGAAGCAUUUUCCAUUGGAGUUGCUGUAUCUCAUAUUUUGUUUGAUGGUAUUUCUGCCAUUCACUUCAUCAACUCAUGGGCAAAGUUGGCUCGUGGAGACACAUUAGAGUCUCAUGAAAUGCCAUUUCUGGAUCGAACUGUGCUAAAGUUCACAGCCCCUCCACCACCCCCACGCUUUGAUCACCAAGAGUUCAAGCCUAUGCCUCUCAUAUUAGGAAGAAGUGACAACACUGUUGAGAAAAACAAGAGGGUAAGUGCCAUUUCGUUGAAGCUUACAGCAGAACAAGUGGGGAAGUUGAAGAACAAGGCCAAUGCUGAUGGAUCAACAAAAGGGUCACGACCUUAUAGCAGAUUUGAAGCUAUUGCUGCACAUGUAUGGAGAUCUGCAUCUAAGGCUCGUGGAUUAGAUGAGAAUCAACCAACUCUCCUUCGGUUCACUGGUGAUAUUCGCAAUAGACUCAUUCCACCUCUCCCUAGGAAUUACAUUGGAAAUGCUUUGUCCAUAGUAUCAGUAUCAUCACACGUUGGAGAAAUCUUAUCAUCUCCUUUGGGUCAUGUUGCUCAGAAAAUAAGGGAAGCUGUUGAAAUGAUUACACAUGAGUUUAUAUGCUCACAGAUAGAUGUGAUUAGAGGUCAGGAGCAUGUGAAUAAAGCGAGAACUUUGUACUUUGGAGCAAAUGAAGGUAAGGAUGUAUUAUUUUUUGGAAACCCUAACCUACGCAUCACAAGUUGGCUGAGUAUGCCGAUGCAUGAAGCAGAUUUUGGUUGGGGAAAGCCUGUUUAUUCAGGUCUGGCAGGUAAAGCUGCACAAGAGAGGGCAGUGAUUACCCAAAGUCCAGAUGGUGAUGGCUCUGUUAUUCUUGUUCUACACUUUCAAGUGGAACAUAUGGAGCUUUUCAAGAACUAUUUCUAUGAAGAAAUCUAAACUACGUAUUCACAUUCAAAGCUUUACAUGUUAUCUGUAAUUUCUUAUGUUUAAUAAAUCGUUCAACCAUUAGUCUUAUGUAUUAGUGGUCGUUGAUUAAUUAAUUUUAUGUAUUUUUUUUACUUAAAAUUGUCUGUUUUUGGAUCGAACUCUUUAUAAGAGAUGAUUUAUUUCUUAGUUUUUAAUUUCUAAUUUCUGUAAGUUUGAGUGGAGUUAUUAUAAAUAAAUUUUUAUCAUUACUUUCU